AAUACAUAUUGAGUUUGAUCUUAAUAAAUAUGAUAAUGAAACAAUUCUCGAGGUGUUUGUUUUUUCUUAGUUUGAUGUUAUACAUAUUUGAAAGACAGGGGGUGCGUUGUCAGACUGUUGAUACAAGAUCCAUUAGAAAAUGUGUAAAUAAAGCCGUCAGGAUGGUUGGCAGAGGUACCAGUGGUACAACUGACCAAGACUCUGUCACAGUCAAUGACCCAGUAAGUAUGUUAUCGCUAUAUAAGAAAAAUCAACAAGACCCUAGAGUUAUUGCAUCAUUUUCAAGAUCAGCAGAAAUAGUCGAAAUCGCAACAAGGAACUUGAUACAAAUGACAGGUAGUGGUAUGGACACACUGACACCAGAUUCGGCAAGCAGUAGUAGGUUUUCAAAAAUUGUAGCGCCAUUUUGUGCCGCCAAAAAGGUAACAUGUGAUCCGUAUGAAAAAUAUAGAUCUUACGACGGGAAAUGUAAUAAUCUUCAGAAUCCAUUAUGGGGAUCUGCUUUAACUGCUCAACCUAGGUUCAUAUCAGCAAAUUAUGGAGACAGAUACAAUAGUGGUAGUGAGCCAAGAAAGAACAGUGUUCGCUAUGGUAGUUUACCAAAUCCACGAGAUAUAAGUAACGCUGUACACAAGGAAGGCACAACAUUUGCUAGAAGCUGUUUGUCCAAUAUUGCUUUUACUCACUUUGGACAAUUCAUAGAUCAUGAUGUGGUUUCUACACCAACAAAAAAAUCAAAAAAUGGAGAGCCAAAAUUGAUGUGUUGUAAUGGAAAUACUCCUGUUAACAGACCUGAAUGUCUAUCGUUUAGCACUCCUGUAGGUGAAUUUCAGACCACGUGUAUGCAUUUCGCAAGAUCAGAAACAGCACCUCGAUCUGACUGCUCUCCAGGUUAUAGUGACCAAAUGAACCAAGUAACAUCUUACCUUGAUCUAUCCAGCACUUACGGCAGUUCUAAGAAAAUGGCAGAUGAGCUCGUGGACUGGAAAACAGGAAAAUUGUUCCAGGGUGCUGGUGGUCUGUUGCCCGAUGGUGAAGGGGAAUGCAUAGAAGGGACACGGUGCUUCAAAGCAGGAGAUAUAAGGCAUACUGAAGUACCAAUGUUAAAUGCCAUUCACACUAUGUUCAUGCGUGAACACAAUAGAAUUGUAGGGAUACUGAAAAAGAUAAAUCCACACCACGACGGACCAAGAUUAUACAAUGAAGCAAGAAAAAUACUAAUUGGAGUAUACCAACAUAUCGUAUACAAAGAAUUUAUACCAAAACUAUUAGGAACAACAUUAGCACGUUAUCACGGACUUCUCCCAACAACGUACGGACAUAAGACACAUUACAACCAAAAUACAAACGGAGGAACGUAUAAUGGAUUUGCAGGUGCCGCUUUUCGAAUAGGACACACAUUUGUUGGAAAAUUUGUGGGAACUCUUGAUGCUUACUAUAGAAUAAAGGAACAAGAAGUACCAUUACAAGGCGAGUUUUUCAACCCAAGGACAAUACGUUCUACAGCAGCAUUUAGUGUGGAUAAAAUCUCAAACUGGAUGGUAGAAAAGUUUUCUGGGCAAUCCGAUCGUUUUGUAUCAUCAGCCGUCAGAAACCAUCUUUUCGAGACAAAACCUGGCAAUGGAUUCGAUUUAAGUGCACUAAAUAUACAGAGAGGUCGAGACCAUGGCUUGCCUUCCUACAACAAAUUUCGAAAGUUUUGUGGACUUCGACCCGCACUAACAUUUGGAUAUACUAUGCUUGGACUGCGAGACAUGAGCUAUGAAUCAGCCGGUGCUCUGCAAAGAAUGUAUAGGCAUCCAGACGACAUAGAUUUAUUCACUGGAGGAUUAUCAGAAACCCCUGUUAAAGGCGGACUUGUCGGACCUACUUUUGGAUGUCUCAUUGCCUUGCAGUUUAAGUAUUACAGAAAUGGGGACAGAUUUUUCUAUGAAAAUGCAUUUUCAAAUACGGGAUUUAAUAGUGCACAACUAGGUGUCAUCAAGAAGCAGACUAUGUCAUCAUUGUAUUGCCGUAAUUUUAACUUUGCCCAAAUUCAAGCAGAUGCCUUUGUGUCUUCUCAAUCUUCUACGAAUCAUGUGAUUAAGAAUUAUUAUUAUUACAACGACAAGUAUACGGUAUCCUGUAGCUUUUGGAGCUGGGGUCGAUGUACGAGAUAUAGAAAUGUUCGAGCUUAUACUUUAGGCUGUGCUGCUGGAUGGUGGUCCAUUUUGGAAUUCCUUUUCCCUGGAUGUGACUAUGCCAUUUGCGAUGGAAAGACGCUAUUUACUGGUGCUUGUAAUAAAUACUAUUCUAACGAUUACCAAAAAACAAGAAAUAACGGAAUAGUACGUUCUAGUGGAGGGACCUGUAGCUCGCCAGAUACAUGUACUAACUGCAAUGACGGGUUUUAUUCUAAUGGACCGUAUUGUGAAAUGUGUGGACCUAUUGCCAACUGUAAUCACCGACGUUGUACCUCUGGAAGUAACCAAGAAUGUUUUUGGUGUGACGGAGAGGUUAUGUAUUCCCCUUACUGGAGAGCGUAUACGAGACAUCUGGAUAUGAAAAAAUGUCAGAAGGCUUGUUCAUGGAGAUCAGACAGUACAAGAUGCUACCCUGGAACAUGUUCAAAUGAACUAGCAGCUAAUUGUCAAUGUGCUGCGAACUUUGGAGGAACACAUUGUGAAAAUAUUCUAGAUACUCCUGCCAUUGAAUAUAACCAUUGCAAAUUCACUGACGAUCAAGGAAUUAACAUAGUAGAGAACGACCCAAACUACGUUCAACAAAGUCAUCCAAUAGUUUGGACUAACUUCCUAGGUUAUACCAAGAUGAAAACAAGCAUGGUCGCCAAGUACAUUCAACCGGCCGACAAUCGUGAUGCUGAUAGUUAUAUUACCGGUUUCCGAGUGGGUGUCAUAGAACAGCGCACCACUAUGAAUUAUUACUCAGCUGGAUCCGUGACCCCUUCAGUUAAGACAUUGACAUGCCCUGGUAUGCAUCGUGAUCAACCAGUAGAUUUUCAGACAUGUCCAAUGGAUUUCUCGAUAUGGAAUGGCAUGGGACAUGACGACAAAAUUAUGUAUGAGGUGUCGUCAACCAAUGGUGGCUAUGUGGAUGUUGCGAACAGAGAGAAUGGAAGAACAACUCGAUACUAUUAUCAAGGUCAAACACUGACACGUACAUUUGAAUAUCACUGGGAUGUGGUGAAUCCGUAUCAUUGCUCUGUAACGGCAGGAAAGUCUUGUACUCAUUUUAUAUCCAUUCCAUCAGAUAUAACUAAUAAUCCUAUAAUGACUUUUAGUUGGGAUGGUUGGUCUGAUGACUUAGCUGGUAUUCUUUAUUACGAGUAUCAAGUAUUUGAUCUUGAAAAAGAUGGCACACAGUUAGUAGAUGGUCGUGUACCUGUAGCAAAUGCUGGAAACAAACCCAUCAAUGAUACACUUCAGGAUACAUUUACUUUGACAACAGCUGGAGUAUAUUCUAUUCAUCUUUCUGUAUUCGAUAAAGCCGGGAAUUAUAAAACUGGACGUGGUAUAUUCAUGUUUGAUGACAUUUCUGUAGUUGACAAAACUGGAGACGAAACCAAGUGUGCCACUGCAUCAAAAGAUACACUAUAUGAAUGGGUAGUACAAGACACUAAUACGGUACAAAUUGUUUGGCCUGAUAGAUUUAUAAAUGUACGACAUUUGAACAAUGGUUGGUUGUAUGGUGUUCAAACGUUUGCUCCACAGCCUGACAUAUCUCUCUAUGAGGAUCUGUAUGGAAAUAGAACAAAUGCUGCAAUUAAAAAUAAACGAGGUAUUGUCGACUUCAAAGUGUCCUUUGAAGUACACGACCCUUCCCUAAAGGAUUCCAGACCCCUAACGUCAGUGGUGGAAAUUUACAAUCAAUAUGAAUACUUAACAUUAAACUGGGCAGACGGUGACAGACUCACGGUAACAGUUAAAGCUUUGGAUGUUAUUCAUGAAUCUAAAAAUGACACCAUCAUCGUGUAUAGAGAUGCAACGCCCCCUAUUAUUCAGAAUCUUUGGUUGACACUUGGUGACAGACUGAACGUAACAGUUCAUCGUAUUGAAGAGUUCACUAAAAUGACUAUUGAGUGGGAAGCGUUUGAUCUUCACAGCGGACUAGAUUCUGUUAACUGGAAGUUAUACGACAAUUAUGGCGGAGCAGUGAUACUACAUGGGCACGAGCAUAUCAUAGCGCAAGGAAAUUCUGAGAAUUUAACCGCAUGUCAAGAUAACUAUGGGUCUAGACCAAGAGGAGCGAAUUGCUACUGUACUGCAUUUAUGGGAUGCUAUCAUCGUCAUUUUCAUGUGAUACCAGAAAUAAAGACAACCAGUGGCUUGUUUACAAACAAAGACAGAGGCGUUCAUGAUUCGGACUAUUUCAUUGAAGUUAAUGUUACAAAUAAAGCUAAACUCACAACGGUUUUAACAAGAAAGAUAACAGUAGACAUAAGCCCACCACAUGCAGGAGCAGUCCAUGACGGAUUAGUUGGAAAUCCGGAAGUAGAUUACCAACAGGGAAUGAACCUGAAUGCCUACUGGGACCAAUUCUUUGACAGAGAAAGUGGUGUAUUUUUCUAUCAAUAUCUUGUCGGCACAAGCUGUGCAGAGAAAAACGACUUCAGUUUAAAUCUAACUGCUUCAAACGUUACAGAAACUUACAACAAUUUUGGAAGUUAUACCGCUGAAGGUGAUGGGACAUACUAUUUUACAGUUGUGGCCUACAACAGAGCUUUAGACCCAUCAGAGCCUGUGUGUUCUGACGGAGUAACAAUAGACAGUUCUGUUCCCGGGGUGAAAGAAGUGACUGUUAAAGAUGCAGUGAUAACUGGUGGUUUGAUUACAGACAUUAAUCAAACUAAUUACUACAUCCUCAGCUCACAACGUGUAAGGAGAAUGAUUACAAAUGUUACGGCGGAUUGUAUGAUGAAGGCUACAAUAUUAACAGAUAUCGACCUGUUUCCACUAGAACAAUACGAUAAUGGUUCUUUACCUAUGGUAAAUGGUGAUGUUUUCUGUAUUAACUCGACUGGAUCACCAAGUAGUAUCGGACUGACUCUCUCUAAAUCAUCUCUUAUGGAGUUUUCAUGGAAGCCUAUUGACAUUCCUGCACAAGUGUAUGAUUAUGAACUAGGAUUUUCGUCCUCUCCAGGAAGUAUGGCACCAGAUAUAAUGGCGUUUGAAUCAACCAAUCAACAUGCACAUCAUAGAGUGACCCAUGGGAAUGUACCAGACGGAACUGAGUUCUAUAUAAUUAUUAAAACAAUUAGCAAAUCAAACGUGGAAGGAAUAAGCACACUCGGACCUUGCUUUAUUGACACAACAUCACCGGACUUUUCUGGUUCUAUCUCAGUUUCAUUGUCAGGCGAUAUUUUGAUAGCAGUUUGGAAUCUUAACGGGUUUAGUGACAGUGAAGAACUCUUUGAAAUGGAUUAUCAAUUUGCUAUUGGUUCUAGAGCAUACGGAACUGACAUUCAGUCUUAUCAGCCAAUACGUGGAGGAGGGACAUGUACUAUCACGGUACCACCAACAUGUACAGCUACAAAUAUACAUGAACUUGACUGGUACCUUCAUGGAUUUCAUACUUACUAUGUAUCGAUCAAAGCUACUAAUUCUGCUGGUCAAGCUAAUAUUCAGACAUCAAGUCCUUAUAUACAUGCAGUUGAACCACCAACAGAAGGGGUAGUCAUAGACAUUGACACACAGAGUGAUCUGGACAAAAUACCUUUAACAGAUAUAGAAGAUGUCGAUUUCCAGAAAGAUACCAAUAGUCUUGCUGCUCGCUGGUCAGGUUUCACUCAUCCACAUGUGCAAAUUGCAUACAGUAUAAGCAUUGGUACAACGAAAGGUGGAAAUGAUAUCAUUUCAAUGAAAAAUGUUGGUGAUACAUUAUCACACAUAGAAAUGGGAUUAUCACUUAUUUCAUAUCAGAAAUAUUAUAUAAGUGUCACAGCAGUAAGUGAUGGUGGAAAUACAACUGUGUCAUCAGAUGGUGUAACUGUGGUAAUAGAAAAUGAUGUUUUACCAGGGGUGGUUAUUUAUGAUGGCGAACCAUGCAAUUCGACAGGUUUUACCUUAAACCACCACGAGAAUGACAACAGAAUGGUUUGUUUGGUUGACAGAAACUUUCAAAUGUCACUGAAUUCUCUAAAGGCAUAUUGGUCUGUACCAUUAACAAUGCAGACAUACACUAGUGAUGCUUAUAUUGCUAUUGAAAAACGAUCAGAUGUUGGAAAUCAAUGGACUAUAUUUCAAGAUUUCGUUCAUUUGUCUACAAUGUAUGACGUCAGUAUUGAUGAUCUGACAUUAAGUCCUGGGGUUAUGUACCGGAUAGCUCUUAAGUUAUGCGCGCACACUAUAUGUUUUCAAACUAUUCGAUCUGAUGGUGUAAUGGUGAUUGCCUCCCCACCAGAUGUUGGCUCUUUAAAUGUAGAACAUCGUAACACAACACAGACUGGUGGUGCUGAAAAAUUAGUCGUUACCUUCGGCAAGUUUUUUGACCCAGAUAUGGUGGAUGCCGUUGAAAAAUUCGAUGCCAUUAGUGGUUAUGAGUAUGCAAUAACCGAUAACUCAGUUCUAGGAAAACCAUAUAUGAUUUGGAAAAGUCUUGUAACGUACACAGAAACUACUGAUACGAUUUCUUUUGAAAUCAUAUUAGAUGGAACAAUGGACUUCUCAAAAUGUAAGAAACUCACAGUGAGAGGCUACAACAAAGUCUCCUUGUACUCAACAGUGUCAACAGACAUAAAAGACUGUAAAGCACAGAAUCCGACAUUUAUUGAUCCGAAUAUUGUCAUUGAUGCUGUUGGAGCACCAGAUGCUUUGGAUGGUAUAGGACGUCCGAUAUUCUUAGAAAAGAAUGCCUACUGGACUUUAGCAGACGAAGAUUACACACCAUACAAAAACUUGAUAUCAGCAGUUUGGCCAACACUGCGUCACAGAAAUUAUAAUUAUGCUAUAAUAAAUGCUCGUACUGUUGAUGUAACAACAUACUAUAAACAAAUCAGCCAACUUGAACUAGUGGAUCCAUGCUCUCACCCUGAUGCCAUCAAAUGUGGACACACAGACAGAGAAUUCAUCAAUGAACAGUUUACCAAUAACGAGCUAGUACAUGGUACAAGAUACACAGUUUGUAUUUAUGCUCCUCCGACAUCAAUCCAACGUACAGCAUGGCUUGAAGAACUUGUUGAAGUAACAGCUUGUAGUGACGGUAUCAUUGUGGAUCUUACUCCUCCAGUGGCAGGAAAUGUGUGGAUAGGAUUUAACCCUGCAUUCACUUAUCAGACAUCUAACACUGAUAUGUUUAUAAACUGGGAUGGAUUUAAUGAUGUCGAGGAAUUUAAGACGGGACCACAUGCAAGUGGCAUAAAAGAAUAUAUACUAGCUAUUGGUACUACUGCGGGUGGUAAUGAUGUUCACGAUUUCGAAAAUGUUGGAAUUGUUCAGCACAAAGCAUUACAUAAAAUGGUUUUGCAAAAUGGAUAUUCAUACUAUGCAACUAUACAAGCCAGUGAUUUUGCUAACAGAGUAACAACAGUAAUAUCAGACCCUAUAAUCAUUGACAGCACCUCACCUCUAGCUACAAAUAGCCCUAUCACAAUAGAAAACCGACAUAUUAUCUCUAAUACAGAAAUAAAUGCAUGUUGGAAAGAUAUAUUUACGGACCUUGAAAGUGGCAUAAAUUACUAUCUCUGGUCUAUAGGUUCAGAACCUGGAUAUACAGAUAUGAUGGAUUAUGUAAAGGUCAUUGACGAUGAAUGUGGGAUGACGGAUAUGAAUAAUCCUUUAGAUCUUUUAGAAGGUCAUUUAUAUUAUAUAAACGUGCGAGCAUUUAAUAAAGCUGGGUUAUCAACACUUAUAACAUCGUGGUCAUUUGAAGUAGAUACAACACCGCCAACUAGUGGCCACGUAUACGACGGUGACAAAAGUGCAUUAACAGGAGAUUUAAAGGAUAUAGAUUAUCAGAUCGAAACCGAAGUACUUCAUUCUUAUUGGGAAGGUUUCCAUGAUUCUCAUUCUACCAUUAAGGAAUACUAUGUUUCUAUUGGAACAUGUCCACAGUGUGAGGAUAUUUUAGCCGAGCAGGCUGUAGGAAUAGUGUAUGAGUUUAUUCUACAAUACUUACAUCUUGGAGCUGGAAUGAGAUAUUACACUACAGUUACAGCAUGCAACACCGCAGACAUGUGUACGACAGUGACAUCAGAUGGUGUAAUAAUUGAUAAUAGUCCACCUUUAGCUGGUGCUGUACAGGACGGAACAGGGAUAUAUGACACAGAAUAUCAAUCCAUGACAACAUACUUGUCAGCAAAGUGGUAUGGAUUCGAUGACCCACAGUCUGGCUUAGAAAAAUAUGAAUGGAGAGCCGGGACAAGAAAAGGUGGAGAUGAUGUUGUAAAAACAAUGGAGUUCCAUAUCACACAGACAGCUGCAAUAUACAACACAUCACUUGGACUUCCUAUCAAUGAGAGAAUAUUUGUAACGAUAAGAGCGUACAAUAAAGCUGGAAUGUGGUCAGAGUCAUCAUCAAAUGGAUUCUUAGUAGAUACAACCCCGCCAGUUUUUAAAACUACGCCUGUCUUUUCUGAAGAUUUCGGUAUUUUUGGAUUAUCGCAAAUAUACCGUACGUCAAUGAAAAUAGAAUGGGAUAUAGAAGAUACAGAAUCAUUCAUUCAGAGACAAUACGUCUCUAUAAAGUCUCACAUUGGUGGAGAGUUCCUGCUGUCAUCACAUUCAAUAAAUGGUAUAGCAAGAUCGUAUGUGUUUAAUGGAUUAGAUCUCCAUGAUGGAGUUACAUAUUACGUUACAGUUAUUUCCUGUAAUGGUGCAGACAUUUGUACUGAUGCUAUCUCACCAGGAAUGUUUGUUGACAGUACGCCGCCGUCAAGAGGUAUGUUUGCAAUAACGACAGAUCAUGCAUCAGACCCGGAAUUGGCACGACAUUCAGCAGGAUGGAUGACUUGGACAUCACAUGCAGUGUAUCUUGCAUGGCUUGGAUUUAGUGAUGUACACUCAGGAAUUGAUCAUUACAUGGUUACUGUUGGAUCAACUUACAUGGGGAAAGAUCUAUCUAAGGACAUAUCUACAAUAAAUAUUCAUACUGAUACUAACACUGACCAUGGUGAUGAAGGAAAAGUUCAAUUGUUCACUGUAGAGACAAGCAAUAUUGCAAACCUUGACACAAUAUUUAUAACAGUUUGGGCAGUUAACAAGGUUGGUCUAAGGAGUCAUUUGAUACAUUCAGCUUUUACGAUUAGUCCUGGUGGUGCACUUGAUUUAAUUCGCAGAUGUGAAGCAAUGUCAUGUGAAGGUCACUGCAUAUGUGCUCCUCAAGAUCAACAAUGUCCGUACUCUGCGUCACUUGGAAGUUGUAAUGAUAUAUCGUCAACUGUCUUUAAUAAUACUCACUACAGUUUGUUGCUGGUCAGAGAUACUAAUGGAUAUUCUGAAAGUGACCAGGCUGUAACAGCAUCAAAUAAUGUUUUAAGGGGAAUGUGGAUACUUUCACAGGUUCUCACGUUUAAGCCGUUGUGGUACGAAUGGAGUGUCGGACAUUCGGAAUUCAGCAUUCCUCUUGGCAUAUAUGAUAUACAAGAUGAGAAGGUUUGGCAAGAUGCCGGCCAAUUGCAUGAUGCUAUUUUUACCAUUGAACAAGGCGGAGAGUACUUGCACAACACUUUGUCAUAUGCUGUAUUUGUAAGGGUUUGGUAUUCAGUCAACACUUAUGCUAUAUUUAAGUCAAAUGGAAUUUAUGUGAUGACCCAAGCUCCAGUGGUAGCAUCUGUAAGAGGCAGAUCUGUGAUAGAGCGAGUACAAGGGACGACAUUCAAGGAUCAUGAUUUCAUGAAAAUGGGUCGCCCAAUAACGUUUGAAUGGACAGGCAAAUUUCUUGAAGCUGAGGCGACUAUUGAAAUGUAUCAAUUGUAUCUAAGCACUUUUCCGGGAGGACAUGAUAUCAUGAAGGUAAACGAAGUGAUUCCAGGGACAGAAAGCGGGUACAACAUGUCUAGAAUCAUUCUUACACCAGGGGUUAUCCAUUAUGCAAAUGUUAUUGCAUACAAUUAUGCAGGAGCCCAUACUACUUCGUCGUCGGAUGGGUUUAUGAUUGACUACAAUCAUCCUACUGCAGGGAUUGUUUAUGAUGGUCAAGGUAAAUAUGACCUUGAGUACCAGAAUUCCUCAGAUAUAAUAGCAGCACAUUGGCAUGGGUUUAUCGAUACAGAAUCAGGUAUAACAUCGUAUCAAUGGUGUGUUGGAUUAACUACUUUUAUUGGAAACAGUCCCACAAAGACGGAAUGCUCAAUCCUGAGUUGGACGAACGUAGGACUGCAUGUAUCAGCUUCGAGAAAUUUGUCAUCUAGUAUUGCUUCAGGAACAAAAUUAUAUCAUAAAGUAUACGCAGUUGAUGGUGUUGGUUGGACAUCGUCGACCAUAGUAUCUGAUGGGGUGACUGUAGACACAACUCCACCGGUACCAGAUCAGUUCGUUCUUUUAGGCAUUAACCUCGUUUUCAACCCAUCAUUUGAAAUAACAGGUGGGAAUGACGUUCCAUGGCUUAAUAUCAGUUCAACAGAUAUUUGCAACAUGGAUGUUACUUAUCAUCCAUUGAUGUGGAAUAUUGAAACUUAUUCAUGUAUGACCGUUGUAUCAUCUAAUGUCAACUUAGCAAAGGACGGUGGAAAAUUCUUAUAUAUUAGAGGUAGUAUUACACAGAAAAUCGAUAAUAUUACAGAAGGGAUGACAUAUAAAGUGACAUUUUACUCGAGCCAUUUGUCUUCCGUAGAUUCUUCGUUAGGUAACAAGGAAGGGUUUAUACAGUUGAACAAUGAAAAACACGUGUUUCUUAUUUACACUAAAAGUUAUCGCCAAGAUAGCAAUGGUGAUGUCGACGACCGAGAGGAGCUUUCCUGGCAUAGUCAUACGUUUUAUUUCACGGCUGAUUUAAAUGAAGCGAAUAUAACAAUUGGCAGUAUAGAUCUGACUACAGGAAUAUUUCUGGAUGAUAUAACUGUACAGGAAGUGAACGUCAGCACAGGGGAUAUAAGUGGUCAUGUUUUAGGUCAUGUUGUUUACUUACACGAUUGGAGUUCCAUCCAUGGAGCUUGGAGUUUUACAGACCCGGAAUCAUCGAUUAUUGAUUAUAAAUGGGCUAUAGGGUAUGCAGAAGGAGGCACACAAAUACAACCAUUUCGAAGUGCUGGACUGAUGAAUUUCGGAAUCAAUAGUAAUGUCACGCUUGUACACAAUACAAAUAUUUACAUAACAACCGUUGCCAUGAAUGCUGCUGGUUUAAGAGGGGUGUCGUUUUCUGAUCCAGUAUAUGUUGAUCUUACACCACCUGAAAUUAAUUAUGUAUAUGAUGGUAGAGGAGAAGAUGAGGAUGCAUGGACUUUAAAUGAAGUUGCUGCUAAUUGGGCAUUUGAAGAUGUAGAAUCCGGAAUAAAACACUGUGAAUGGGCUAUAGGAUAUACACCCGAAGCGACUGAUCUACUACCUUACACCGAUGUGACAACUAAUACAGCGUAUAUGGACUUCCCCUACAGCGUACUAGAAAACCAUACAAUUUACACUACACUACAUUGUGAGAACAAUGCUGGUUUGUUGUCGUCUAAGUCUUCGGAUGGAGUUAAGAUAUCGAACAGACCUCCAUUGUCAAAUUCAGCAGUGGUAGAGAUUAUGCCAAUAUCUAGUACUGAGUUCAGUGCUGAUGAAGGAUUCCUAGGAGUCUCUGAUAAUGCCAGAUUGAAAUGGUCUGGAUACACAGACAGCAUUGGCAUCGAAACAUACGACGUGGAAUUCGAUAACAAUAAAGAGAAAAUGUUCUUCCCGAAAAGCCAAGAAGUUCUGUAUAGUCAUUUCACAAAAUUAUCUCUGGCAGAUGAACAGCAACAAUUUUCAGUUAGGGCAAUAAAUACGCUGUUUCUGAAAUCAACAAUUGUGCAGAAAAACAUUUCAAUUUUCACAGAGAACCCUCAGGUUACAAGUACACCAUUGACACUAUCUUGGAUUAACAACGAAGUAGUAGUGUCAUGGAAUGGAAUUUUUAAUUCAGACAGUGAACUAUAUUACGAAGUGUCUGCGGGCACUACAGGAGGUGGCGUUAAUAUUCUUCAAUGGCAAUUCACCAACCAGACAAGUAUUGCAUUUGAGAUUCCUGCGACUGUUACAACAACGGCUGGAUUGAAUGUAUUUCUAACAGUUGGGGCAGUAUCUGUCGGAGGAGAAUCUGUUAUAAAAACUGGGAGAAUUAUUUUACCUUAAGGACUACGUACGACAAACUGACAAACAUUAGAAAUUUUCGCAUAUUUAAUUGUAAUAACGUCUAGUAUGUAACAUACUGGAAAAUUUUCUUUUUAAUUUAUCUGUUAUCUCUUGAAUACAAAUAUAAUCAAUAUCAUUCAAAAAUAUCACUUUUGAAUUUUUCGUUUUUUCUGCAUUGUUAGUAAUAGUAUAUUAUACAUGUAUUUAUACAUAUCUCAAGGAGUUGUUCCUAAAGGAAUAAAUACGUGAUAUAAAUCCUCAGCUUACAUAUAAACUCUAGGUGAAUGAUACUAACACAAAUUAUAUAUGUACCUUGCAUCACACCAACUUUAACAUUUAUAGGAGUUGAAAGCAAUAGAAAACAUAUACGACUUACUAUUCUUUUUGUAUUAUAAAGGUUGUUUUGAUUUUAUUAUUAAAUGAAUAUACAAUCCGUGUAAA